UUACACAAACCAAGCGGUCGCACAUAGAUGACGUCAGUUACCGCUGGUUAUGGCGACUGAAGUUGCAGAAGAAUUCAGUGACAACGGAGAUUUCACGAACCCGUCAGAGUGUGAAGCCCCUGAGGUCACUAAUGUUCCACAGCCUGAUUUAGGAGUAUCAGAAGACAUGGGAGGAACAGACAUGUCAGAUCAACCAUUAGCCUACGACACACGUCCAGUGACUGGAGAAGAGGACACGGAGGAGCGAGAACUUCCGGUGGAUUUUGAAAGACAGUGGAAACUGGUGAACGACAACCCACAGGAUUUCAACAGCUGGACUGAUUUACUACAGUACUGUGAACAAGAGGGUCAUUUAAGAGCAUCCCGUCAGGCCUUGAAUGCGUUCCUGGUGAGAUAUCCGCUAUGCUAUGGCUACUGGAAGAAGUAUGCCGACUUGGAAAGGCGAGCGGGACAUAAUGACAAGGCUGAGGAGGUGUGUGUGCAAGGACUGACUGUAAUCCCUCUCAGCGUGGAUCUGUGGAUACAUUAUAUUAACCUCCUGCUUGGCACAUUGAAUAUGAACAUUCCAGAGUCGACGCAGCGCAUUCGCAGUGUGUUUGAGGAUGCUCUGGCAGCAGCAGGCUGGGACUGGCACUCAGACCGCCUGUGGGACCUAUACGCUGAGUGGGAGAAAGAACAGGGAGACCUGAGAGCCAUGACUGCAGUGUAUGACCGUGUGAUGAGAGUGCCCACCCAGCUCUACAGCACCCACUAUGAGAAAUUAAAGACUCAUUUAACAUCCAGUCCCCUCCGCGAUGUGCUGAGCCCUGAGGAAUACGAGAAGGUGCAGACGGAGUACAGACAGAAUCAGAUUCAGGCUAAGAAAGAGGAAGCCGAUGUUGUAGCUGGUGAGGAAGAAGAGAGGCCGCCUGGGGAGGAGGUUGCCGCAGAUGAUGGCACAGAUUCGGAAGAAGCAGUGCAGAAAAUGCAGGAGCUGAUUUUGGCCAGCAGAGAGGAAGCGUAUCAGCAGAAUGAGGCUGAGGUCAGGAAGCGAUGGAACUAUGAAGAUGGGAUUAAGAGGCCAUAUUUCCACGUGAAGCCUAUGGACCAAACCCAGCUGAAAGCUUGGCACACGUACCUGGACUGGGAGAUCGCUGAAGCUGAGGCAGCACAUGCAGUCACAGAGAGUACAGAUGUGGAAGGUCAGGAGGGUUCAGAGGUUAAAGAGAGCAUCGCUGGCCAUGGGAGAGUGCAGAUUUUAUUUGAGCGCUGCCUCAUUGCCUGCGCACUCUACGAGGAGUUUUGGGAUAAGUAUACACGGUAUCUAGAGCCACGCAGUCUGGAGGAGGCACGCAGUGUAUAUCGACGAGCUUGCGAAAUCCAUCUGCCAUACAAGCACAGUUUUCACUUGCAGUGGGCAAUGUUUGAGGAAAGAAACGGUAAUAGCUUGGAGGCACAGCGUAUCCUAGAAGCUCUAGAGAAGACUAUGCCUGGCCUGGCCAUGGUGCGACUCCGGAGGGUGGGUCUGGAGAGAAGGGCGGGCCGUCUGGACAAGGCGGAGUCAUUGCUAAAGGAGACAGUUGAGGAGAAUAAAGACAAGCCGCACCUUCAUGCGUUUUAUUCCAUCAAACUGGCCCGGUUCCUUCACAAAUUAGGCAGGAAUCCAUCACGGGCUCGGGCUGUGCUGCAAGAAGCCAUUGAGAUUAGUCCGGACAACAGUAAGCUCUACCUGAAUCUGCUGGACCUGGAGCUGUCCGGAGAUUUGCGGCUCAACGGAGGUGGAGUCCAGCAGUGUGUGAGCAAAGCUUUAGCUGCACCUCUCUCAUCAGAUAGCAAGAUCCUUUUCUCACAGAGGGGCCUGCAGUUUGCUGAGGAUUUUGGGACUACAGUGCAAAGUGUGCUGAGUAUCUACGAGGAACACCAGAAGCUUCUAAAUGAACUUGGUGCAAAUAAGCGUGAAGCAGAAAACGGUGACAGCGACGAGCCGGAGAAAAUGGCUAAAAUGGACGAUGACUCUGUCACAGCAGCAUCUCAACAAGCUGUGCCCCCUGUUCCUCCUCCUCCAGUGAUGGGUGGAGAUAUGAGUGGGUAUGGAAACUACAGCAACUGGUAUCAGCAACAGCAGUACGGAGGAUACAGUGGCUAUUCCAACCCCUGGAACCAGUACAGCCAGUACUACCCUCCCAGUUAGGGGUUAGACGGGUCUGUGUGCAGGGCCACAACAUAGCGCAACACCUUUCUUGCCCGUGGCGGAAUGUGCGUCACAUUCAGCACAUGGCCAGAGGUAGGCAGGUAAUGGAAGUGUGAUGAUCCGUUCGUCUCAGUGUUUUGAUGGAAGGCUAAUUUCCAGCGUUAAUUCACAUCCCGUGGUAACUUUUUCAGCCUGGGUUUUUGUGCUUCUGGACACAGACGGAGUUAUAUUUGCAUUGGAAUAUGUCUAUCUAUGUAUUGCGCCCCCCCCCCCAUAUCACAACACAUAUAUUCUAAACCCAUUUUUCUAAGCUUUUAACUUGUCACAACUGUACACAUCUGCAUCAAGCAGUUAUCCCGUGUGUGUAAAAAUAGUGAUUCCAUAAAUUGUCUGGAAAUUCCUAUUUUUACACUAACCUCUCAUACAAUUAAAAUCUCAAGCAGUAACACCCCUCCUGUACACGUUUACUUAAGUGCUGUUGGUUUUCAUUACAAGCUGAAAUCUGAUUUAUUUUUGAAUAGCUGCCCAUGUUGUCUGCGCGACACUGCUGUCUCGAUGUAUUGUAUCGUUAAAAUAUCGUCUUUUAUAAUUUUUCUCUUAAUCUAAAAUGGUGUGAGGUCAAACGUUCAGAACAGGAAACGUUACAAGGAGAAGUGUAAUGAACAGAAAUGUAUUUACUGUUUAAUGCUUUGUGUGUAUGAGGAGCAGAUCACUUUAUACACAAGGCUUCGUUACGUAGAUGUUGUUCAGUGUACAUGCCUGGGAACAUCGAGUUUUUUAAAGUCAUUAUUUCACCUUUUUUUAAUUGCAACAGCAUUUCCUGUUUUCACCUGCCACGCCUACCAGGCAUCCUGUAUGUUUCUAUAUAUCAUGCUUACCGACAUUUGUCUUUUUAUGCUGUUGUUUUUAUUUUUGUUCAUGAAUAAAGAUGUCUAUUUUAAAAUUG